CUCAAAAGAGACGCAUCAUCAUCAUAACAAUGGCGUCCUCAACUAUUCUCAUCAUGAUCUUCGCGGCUGUGGCAUUGAUGUCGGGCGAUAGAGUUCAAGCAGCAGUGGACUGCUCGUCGUUGAUACUAAACAUGGCUGAUUGCUUGUCCUUUGUGACGAGUGGUAGUACGGUGGAGAAGCCGGAAGGGACAUGCUGCUCAGGGCUCAAGACUGUGGUUAGGUCAGGACCUGAGUGUCUAUGUGAGGCUUUCAAGAACAGUGCUUCUCUUGGUGUUACUCUUGAUCUCUCCAAAGCUGCUUCUCUUCCCACUGUUUGUAAAGUUGCUGCUCCUCCUUCUGCUCGUUGUGGCCUUUCUGUCUCUGGAUCUCCUCCUGCUUCUGCCCCUGGUAUGUGAUCUCAUACUUAGACUAAUCUUUCUGUUUUGUUGAAUUUAUGAAACAGAGAUUUUGUUUUAUCAUGUUUGCGAAUUUUGAUUUAAUCUGGUUUUUUGGUUCUGUUUUAAACAGGAAAACUAAAACUGAAAUAAUUACUAUUCUGUAUUUAAAGAUAUUUAAGGUUUAUGUUGAUGUAAUUAAAACAGUUAUUAAUGAAUUCUGAAUUUGACCACACAAAAAAAAAUGAAUUCUGAUUUUUCAAUUUGGUUCGGUUCUUGCAUAAAAACCGGCUAUAUAAUUUAUACGAAAAUGUGUUAAACUGUUAUUAAGUUAUCAAAAUAUAGAAUAUUGUUUCUAAAUUUCAGAUAGAAGUAUAUUUUCGAUAUGCAUAUUUGCAAAGUUUUAUCUUUAAAAACGCAUUACUUGUCCUGUAGUACAAGAAUUUUAAA